AUGCCCACUGAAAAAAAGCAGGACGACGACCGCCAGGCAGCGGCGCUCGCGACCGUGGCGAGAUUCUGGUGUCUCCACCAGCUAGCGCCCUUCCUCGACCAGACCUUUGGCGUCGCCGGCGCCAUGGACCACCGCAUGAUCGACAGAAGCUGCCAGAACGGGCCCGGCCAGUGCCUUCGCGAGUACUUCGACUACGACUGGUUCGUGCGCCUGCCGCUGAUGGUCGUGUGCAUGGCGUACCCGGAGCGCCGCCUCCUGCUCGCCGCGCAUGCUCUGAACGUCUUCGGGCUGCUCGACCGCAUGCCCGCCGUGUGGGAUUACAUGUGCUGGUGCGGCAUCAUGGAGCUGACCUUCGUCGUCCGCAUCUUUGAGAACUUCGCGCUCGGGGCAGGGCGGCUCGCACAGCCCCUGAGCGCCGUCAUGCUCUCGCGCGCACCGCCCAGACCGGAGGCGCUCUGCCCCAGCGCUCAAAACGCGUCGUGGCUCUGCGACGGCUGCAACACCUUCCACGCGGCUUGCGAGUCGCGACCGAGGAGGGUGCUCGGCUUGCUGAUCUGCCCAAGCUGCAGGAGCAAGAGCGAGACGGAAGGCGGCGAGGGCAGCAGUGGCCUGCUGGCGGAGGGGGCUGCCAAGCGCGCGCGCACGGCAGUGCAGCGGCUCGGCCACAACGACAGCUGGGGGGAGGGGCAAGCCUCGCGCUGGGCGUCGUGCGAGGGGGGGCAGGCGGGCACGCCGUGGUACUCGCAGGCAGCGAGGAACAAAAAGCGAAAGCGGCAGCUGCAGGCCAACGAGAGCGGCGAGAUGCUCCGGCGGCACUCUGGCAGCGACACCGGGGGCCACUCUGGGAGCGACACUGAGCUGCAGAUCGACGAGAGUGACGAGGAGGGCGCCGCGGCGAUGAUGCUGUUCAUGCCUGGGCGGCAGGCGGGAAGCCCCGAGGGCGGCAAGAGAGCGCGGUCAAGGACGGGGUCCGAGGCCGGAACGCCGGGGCCACUGCCAGCGGUGGUGGCGACAGAGUUGCUUGCCUUUGCGUUCUCGAGCCGCAGCGGAAGCUACGUGUCGAACGCGGCGCACAUCAAUGGCGCCGUGAAGCCGCUCGUCGCUGGCCGCUUCGAGGCGCAGAACCAAGCGAGGGAAGAGAACGUCCCGAUCUUUGAGGCGAAGCAGCACGAUGAGAUGAGCUCGCUGCCGCCGCAGCCGCCACUGCCGUCCGUCGCAACAGGAGAUGGCACUGUCGCUGCGCAAGUGUGGAUCGGACGAUACGAGUCGAGGGCGCUCGCCAGCAUGGACGACGUGGAGCAGCUCCUCGCCGCGGCGCAGUCGGGCACGGCUGCCGCUCGGGUCGGGAGCCAGGAGAAGGAGCAGCCCGCUAUGUGGACGGUCGAGGAGGACUUGCUCAUCGUCGACCUGGUCGAGACGAUCGGCAAGCGCUGGAACCGCAUCGCCGCGGCGCUGCCCGGGCGGACCGAGAAUGGUGUCCGCAAUCGGUGGAAGCGCAUGGAAAAGGCUCAGCAGGUGCGGAAAGACAAGGGGGAUGGGCACGGCUACCGGUGCGGCCGGUGCGGGCAGCCCAAGGCAGGGCACAUCUGCCCCGCGCUGACGUCGGGCGAGCGGCUCGAGGGCGAGAACCUGGUCAAGAGGGCCACCGCCCUCUCCGCGAUGGCCUCGAGGAAGAUUAGCGUGCAGCAGGCCGCGCAAGCGCUGGACAACGUCAUUUAUCGGCCGUGCAAGUGGCUCGAGCGCUUCUGCUAA